UUUACAGGUAGAAAAUUAAUUGAUAGCUUUUCUUUGCAGCUUGUAUCUCUGACAUGUGAUGGGUUAACAGGUGCCGUUCAGGACAGAAUGAGAGCAGAACACCACGUGCAGUCACACCAUAUGAUGUUUAACAUGAAUCUCUGGUCAAUUGGUAUCUUAGCGAUCACUCUCUUGACCAGUGGUGAAGUUUUCCAGUUCAUAGCAUUUUGCCAGCGGUAUCCAUAUGUUUUACUACACAUACUAACAUUCAGCGUGGCUAGCGCUGUAGGACAGAAUUUCAUCUUCAUGACCGUGGCUAACUUUGGCCCCCUGACUUGCUCCAUCAUCACAACAACUCGUAAAUUCUUCACAAUCCUCGGCUCGGUGCUCUUGUUUGGAAAUUCGCUUAUCGCCCGCCAAUGGCUUGGUGUGGUUUUUGUUUUCGCUGGACUCACACUGGAUAGCAUAUAUGGAAAAGCAAGGAAAAAAGCGUAGAGAGAUAAUUAUCUGAAAAUUAGGUAGUACAAGUAAUUUUGUGGUCGGAAUCGGUAAAACGGUAGAGAAUAGUUGAGCCAGCGGUUUUCGUUAACCGGUCGAUUAGGAAUUUACUUGUUUUCUCCCGCUGUCAAUUCAACAAAGAAACAAAUAUAUUUAAUAGUUUCUGUAUGUUUGUUAAUAGAAAAUCUAUAUGAAAUAGUCGUAGUUUACAAGUUAGUAUAAUGUGAAAGCUGAGAAACGAAGACUAUAGCGUUUAGAACGCCGAGCACGUUUUGGUUUCUCUCAGUUGUGAUGGGGUUAGAAGAGUAGCGGUCACUGUCAGAAAACCAAAACAGCUUACGUGAAUCAGAAACAAGUGGAUCAAAAAUUUGUUACACGCAUUUCCUUUCGACAUAGGCGGGGGGAAAGCGGGUGGAUGAAGGGGGAAAAACUUGUAUUUUUCAACGAACAACUGCCUCAAGCCCUCAUAUGCAUUCUCCGAAGUGGACCCGGCCAUAGAUUAACUGGAUACUGUUCCCGGAGAUCGCCAAGAAGUUUUCUUGUAGUGGCAACUAGUUA